UUUAAAUUCACCGAAGUAAUCACUAUAUGUAAGACUUCUUGCCUUAUUGAUAUUUCAACGAUGAAGUAUAUAAUAUUUUUUAUUUUUGCUGCAACGUUUAUAACUGUAUCCAUCAGUACCAAUGAUUCACUACUAGUUGAACGUCUAGACGGUGAAAACUCAUCAUCAUAAAAUUCAUCAUUAUAAAAUUUACGCACACGAAAUAAAUCUUGGAAAACGUAUAUUAUGCGCUGUUGUCUUAGCAAAAAAUGAUAAAUUCAUUGUCAAUGGUCUCACUCCUGGUGGGAAAUAUAAAUUUGAAAUUGAGCCCAUGAGCUAUGAUUAUUUGAAUCAAUCUUCUCUCUAUACCAAAGAAAUCGUCACUGAUAAUCCAACAGCCAAGCCUAAUGGUCCAAGAGGAUCAAUUGAGGUGUUGAAUGUUACGGAAACAACAGCCACCUUGAGAUGGCGUAAACCUGAGAAUAGUCCAAAAACAGUGAAAUACGUAUUAACACCAUUUUUAUCGGUAAUGACUAGUUCAAAUUUAGAGUCACAAAAUAGAAUAUUAUAUGAUUCCUCAGAAUAUCCAACAUUUACAUACACUGGCCUAUAUCCAUCAUCUUGUGUUUAUUCGCUUACGGUUAAGGCUGUCAAUAGUAAAGGAUCUAGUGAAGAAAUCAGUAUUUAUAACAUUUGCGAUAAACAGGAAGAGAGCAACAACCAGGGUAGGUGGUAAGAGUAAUACUUUGCGGAUGCUGGUACUGGAGAAAAAUGAAAGUCAUAAAUAAUUAUUAUUUAAGUCAAUUAAAUAAUUUAGUACAUAAAUCCUGGAAUAAGUGUAAAUUAAACAAAUUUUGUAUAUUACAUAAUUUCAGAAAUUGGAAAAAACUUCGUAAAAUUAAAUUAAUUUUUUAAUUCAUUAAGAGUUACGAUUAAGGAUUAAAACUAAAGAAUCAAAUGCUUUCAUUUAAUAUUAAUAGUAGUGAAUUGACUUUAGAAAAUUUUAUAAAGGCUUUGCGUAUUUUUUAACAUAACUUAAAAUUAUAAAUAAUUAUUAAUUGUUAAUUAUAUUUUAGACUAAUUUUUUUUAAAUUAAGUUACACAAAUUUAUAAAAAUUACCUUUUAC